AGCAAUCUCCCAAAAAAGAUUAAGACCCCACAAAGAAAGAGAAAAGAAAUGGCCUCAACUUUCUUUGAAAAACUCAUUUUGCUUUCACUUUUUUUGCUGGUUUCACCAUUGUUGGCCAAGGCUGUUUCACCAUGGAAAACCCAACUUCACUCAUCUCCCACUGCAAAAAUACAAGCAGAAAAGCUCAUACGAGGGCUUAAUUUGUUCCCAAGACAUGCUGCUAAUGAAGGUGUCAAUGAAGACCUUACAAAUGAGCCUUCAAAGAUUGUUGAAAAGCAAUUCAAAUUCCCAGUUAUUGAUGCUCCUGGUCCUUCUAUUCAAAAUUUUGCUCACCAUGCUGGAUACUAUAAGCUUCCACAUUCUAAAUCUGCAAGGAUGUUUUACUUUUUCUUCGAAUCCCGGAACAGCAAGAAGGACCCUGUGGUGAUUUGGCUGACUGGAGGUCCAGGAUGCAGCAGUGAAUUGGCAUUGUUUUAUGAAAAUGGCCCUUUCCAUCUAGCUAAAAACUUGUCACUUUUAUGGAAUGACUAUGGCUGGGACAAGGCAUCGAACAUUCUGUUUGUAGAUCAGCCGAUUGGAACCGGUUUCAGUUACACUUCAGAUGAUACCGACAUUCGUCAUGAUGAAAACGGUGUCAGCAAUGAUUUGUACGACUUUUUGCAGGCCUUUUUCAAGCAGCAUCCUCAGUAUGUUAAGAAUGACUUUUACAUAACCGGAGAAUCGUAUGCCGGGCAUUAUAUUCCGGCUUUCGCCGUUCGAGUUCACCAAGGAAACAAAGCAAAGCGGGGAAUUCAUAUCAACCUUAAGGGUUUCGCCAUCGGUAAUGGCCUAACGAAUCCCGAAAUUCAGUAUCAAGCAUACCCAGAUUUUGCUUUGAACUCAAGUCUGAUUUCACAAUCUGAUUAUGUCAAUAUCAAGAAGUUGGUUCCAUCAUGUGUGCAGGCAAUCAAAAGCUGUGGCUCCGAUGGUGGAGAUUCUUGUGUGGAUUCAUACGAAAUCUGCAACAAUGUCUUCAAUCAGAUAUUGAGGAUAGCUGGUACUGUAAAUUACUAUGACAUUAGAAAGCAGUGUGAAGGAGACAUGUGUUACGAUUUCUCGGACGUCGAGACAUUCCUGAACCUGAAAUCAGUUAGAGAAGCACUCGGGGUCGGAGACAUCGAUUUUGUCUCAUGCAGCAGCGUGGUAUACGAAGCUAUGCUUAUGGACUGGAUGAGAAACUUCGAAGUUGGUAUCCCUUCUCUCCUUGAAGAUGGCAUAAAGGUCCUCAUAUAUGCUGGAGAGUAUGACCUUAUAUGUAACUGGCUUGGGAAUUCAAAGUGGGUUCAUGCAAUGACAUGGUCCGGGCAGAAAGGUUUCAGUUCAUCCCCUAUUGUUCCGUUUGUUGUCGAUGGUGUAGAAGCCGGGAAACUGAAAACCCAUGGUCCUCUCACUUUCCUCAAGGUCCAUGAUGCUGGUCACAUGGUUCCAAUGGAUCAACCAAAGGCUUCAUUACAGAUGUUGCAGAAAUGGAUGCAUGGGGAAAUAGCCUCCUCUGAAACAGCCGAGAGGAUUGCUCCUAAAUAGUGAACCCCACAAGUUAUUCACACAGUUCCCUCAUCAUUGUGGAUUAAAUGCACUGUUACAGCUUGUGUCAUUGUUCUUCACAGUCCACUCCAUUGUGGCAUACAUAACAUUAACAAAGAAAGUUUGCAUUGACUGAUCAAA